AUGACAGUUUUCACAAAAACGAACGAAGAUGCAAAAGAGAUCCCAAAGGUUGUGGUGUCAAGCCCUCUGACCACUCCAACAGCUCCUCCAAAUAAAGAACAAGAUAUUAGUAAUAGUGGUUGGGUACCGAUGGAAGGUGGAAGAUUUGAUAGACCAAAAAAAGAACGAAGUUCAUCGUUUGGGCCACUUUCAAUUAUAAGACUAUCUCCGUCACCACUUGCGAGAACACCUACGCCUACUCUUCCGGAUCAGGGGAACGCAGAGAAGAAGACUAGAAGACGAUUAUGCACCAUGCUCUUUAUACUGUUGGCUCUUGGGCUUGGUCUUUAUGCUGGCGCUGUUUUCUUCCAUUAUCACGCAGGACUUGUUCGGUUUGCUUAUAAGGAAGGUGUCGAUCAUGGAAGAAUUGCUGCAAAAUAUCAAAGCGUCGACUUGCAGAGAUCCGUGGACGAUACAGGAAUGAAAUCUGAAAAGGUCUUGCGUGGUGUACUUGGAACAAUAUCGAGGAUUGGCGAGGAGAGAGGAGGAGUUUGA